UCUCCAGAAUCACGAAGAGAGUGAGGCUCGUGAAAGCCCAAACCGUGGGCCACGCCGCCACGGCAAAUCCUAAGCCACCUACACAAGUACUCUUUAGAGACGCCGUCGUUUUCUGUGAGACCCGGAUUCUCUCGCACUGAGCGCGCGCUGUCUGUGUCCAAAGCUGAAAGAGGAGCCUAGAAAGCACUAAAAAAUGGCUUUGCAAGCGAAACUGUACGGUCAAAACGCCGCGGUUUCAUUCUCUUUAUGGAGUCCUCGUGUCCCUCCGAUUCCAGGCCGUGUCUCGUUGGACUUCCCCAAAACGCAACGGGUCCUCCGAGUCUUGUCCAUGGCCGUCAAGCGCAGCCCUAAGCGUCUCAAAUACUCUGCUCCUCGCUUCACCAAGGAAGGUGGCUUGCUUUAUGUUGAAGCUGAUUCAUCAGGAGCAGACAGCUGGAAAUUGGACCCAGUUGUGGAUCUUUUAAAACAGGGAGCUGUUGGGGUCAUUCCUACAGACACCGUGUAUGCCAUAGUUUGUGAUUUGAAAAGCCAUUCAGCGAUUGAACGUCUUCGGAGGAUCAAGAAUAUAGAAGCUUCAAAGCCUCUUAGCAUCUUAUGCCAUACUUUCCGGGACAUUGAUACGUAUACAACAGGGUUCCCUCAUGGUGACGGUCAAGGUCAUACUAACAUAUUCCGAGCUGUCAAGCAUUGCUUACCUGGGCCUUAUACUUUCAUCCUGACUGCGAGUAAAGAAUUACCUAAACAGUGUAUAAGGUAUGGGACUGCAGCUUCCAAGUAUGCAGCUAGGAAAAAUGUGGGGGUCCGUAUGCCUGAUGAUGCCAUAUGUCAAGCAAUACUCGAGAAGAUGGGUGCACCCUUAAUUUCCACAAGUGUCAAGUGCCCAAAGGAGAAUGAGUGGAUGAUUGAUCCCAUUGUGAUUGCUGAUAUGUAUGGACCAGAGGGUCUUGACUUUGUUGUUGAUGGCGGGGUAAGAGUGGCAGAUCCAUCCACUAUAGUUGACAUGACGGUGAUUCCUCCAAAAAUGAUAAGGCAGGGAAAGGGACCUAAGUUACACUGGAUGGUUACCGAAGAUGUUAAUGGAUCUGCUGCUAUGCAUGAAGCGAACCUCAUCUUUCCUUCUGGGACUUAGUUCAUUCAUGCAUUUUGGUAAACCCGUAAAGAACCAUGAUUUGUAUGCCCCCAA